ACGACACCAUUAUUUUCUCUCUCAAGAGCUUUCGCGUUCUUUCUCUUUCUCUUUCUAUUCAGUUUCUGGAUCUUAAUCCAUGGCGUUCAAGAAAACUCUGGCCCAGCGCCUCCUCAGCAUCACCAAAAUCUCCAACUGUCGCAUUUCCUCUUCUUCUUCCUUUCAGUCUCGAAUUGCUUCCACCGCCGGGAAGCCUGACAUUGCUCCAGAUCCCGGAGACAAUGGAAUCUUCCGCCGGUUCCUCCACAAGAGACCCUUCUUCUCGCCGGAGCUCCGGCCUCCGGCCGCCAAUAACCUCCUCCUGAUGCUCCGGGAGAUGGACAUUGCGAGGAGCCGAAUCCGAUUGGACGGUCUGACUCCGCCGGAGAAAGAAGGAAUGGCGGUUGAAGACGUGCGGAAGUUGCUGAGAGCAACGCAACUCGAAACGGUGAAAUUGAAGCUGCGGAAGGUUCCGGAGAGUUGCAUAGCUUAUUCGGAGUUCAUUCGAAUCUGUGGUGAGAAUUGUUCGGAUGAAGAACAAGCGAAGAAGAUUGCGAAGAUGCUGGACGAUUCAGCAUCUGUGAUUAUAUUGGGAGAUAUCGUAUUCCUCAGGCCUGAACAGGUAGCAAAGACCAUCCAGGCUCUACUCCCUAUGCCAGGGGCCAAGGGGAAAGAGUCAGAAAGAAAAGAACUUGAAGAAAUGGAAAAAGAGAAGGCAGCCAUUGACAACAGAGCUGACACCUUGGUUCGGCGUGAGCUUUGGGCCGGGCUGGGCUUUCUUGUGGUUCAAACAGCAGCGUUCAUGAGGCUCACAUUUUGGGAACUUUCGUGGGAUGUAAUGGAGCCCAUAUGCUUCUAUGUGACCUCUAUGUACUUCAUGGCUGGCUACACAUUCUUCCUUAGGACCUCGAAAGAGCCUUGUUUUGAAGGUUUCUACCAAAGCCGUUUCAGCACCAAGCAGAAGCGCCUAAUGAAACUUCACAAUUUUGACAUUGCAAGGUAUAAUGAACUCAGGGCUGCUGCAACAUUGGCACCCUCUUCCGAAUUGGAUUCAUCCGUUGAUCACAAAUUUCACAAUAAUUUGUAGGGUCAUCGGUAAUAUUCAUAUUCGUUAGACUAGUGACUAUAGAAUAUAAUUGCACAAAUAUCACUCCCUUCCCCCUAUUGCCCCGCAAAUUGUGGAGAACCAUUCUCCUCCACCUUUUCUCUUAUAUCAGUCUGCUCCAAAAACCGAAGAAAGAAAAAACCAGCUUUUGGAUUGCGGUGAGUUAGAAUUAGGCGCGGCUUUGUGUA